AGACGUGUAGUUAUCGUAUUAUAUUAUGGUAUUUCGCUGGGCUGCCAAUAAAAAUAUAUGUAUUUUAAUAUAAAAUAAUCAUUACUGAAUUCUUUUAAAUUAAAAAUACUGCAGAAAUUCAGUCGUAUUUAUUAAGUCUUCUAAUAAAUUAAAAAAUCUUGAAUUGUACGCCGACAAAAUUUACCAUAAUUUUGUUACUUACGUUAUAAUAUAUCAAAAUUCAAUAUAUUUCUCAUUCACCAUUAAAGUCCUUUUUCUUUUUUAAGAAAAUAUUAGUUUAAGAUAUUACUAGAAAUCUAUUUUAAUUAACUUUUAGGAAAAUAUUUGGCAUAUUUUGAGUGAAACGAUAUGGUAGUUUAACUUGAAAUAUAAUUUUACUUGAACAAUAACUGUCAAACAUACCGAGUAUUUUGAACGAGUAAACUCGAUUCUUCUACUCGUUAAAACGACUUCCUCUAGUCCUUUUCUUUUACACCAAGAUGGCUGAUCAGAACGAAAGAGCGUUCCAAAAGCAAUUUGGCAUCAACCUAAACAGAAAACUCAAGCCUGGAGUGACGAAGAAGAAGGUUCUCCGUCGCUACCGUGAUAUCGGCUUGGGUUUUAAAACACCCCGUGAAGCCAUUGAUGGUACAUACAUUGACAAGAAAUGCCCAUUCACCGGCAAUGUUCGCAUUCGUGGACGUAUUCUGACAGGCGCCGUCCGCAAAUGCAAAAUGCAACGCACUAUUGUUAUUCGCCGUGAUUAUUUGCACUUUGUGCGCAAAUACAGCCGUUUUGAAAAGAGACACAGAAAUAUGAGUGUACAUUGCUCACCAUGCUUCAGGGAUGUGGAAGCCGGCGAUAUUGCCACAAUUGGCGAAUGUCGUCCACUCUCCAAGACAGUGCGUUUCAACGUUCUCAAAGUCACCAAGGGCCAGGGCUCCAAAAAGAGUUUUAAGAAGUUUUAAGUUCUAAUAUUUUUAACUUGAUGCUUUUCAAAUAAAUAAGUAAAUCUAAAAAA